CAAAGAUGUCAAAACUCAAAAAGUUAUGUUGAUGUUGACUGACGAUACAGUUACAUAAAAGUACUAAAACCUAAUUAGAUUUAUUUUAAAUUCUUUUAAUUGAUACAUUUAUGCACAAUAUUUGCUACCCAUUAUACGCUCGGAAUAAAUUAUACCUUUUAGGACAAAUUGAAUUUCCGAAAAAUGACUAAUGCAACUAUACAGGAAAUAGAGGGCAUAGAUGAUUACUGGGGGCCAGCGUUCAGGUCGGUGUAUGAAGGUGAAGGCGGCCAUGAGGCAUUUGUGCAACAACUGGAUGAGAGGAUCCAGCAACACGACAAAGAAAUUGAAAAGCUGUGUAACUUUUACUAUCAGGGUUUCAUAGACUCUAUCAGAGAGCUGCUUCAAGUGCGGUCUCACGCUGAGGAACUGCAUUCAGAGAUAUCCAACGUUGAUGCCAAUGUUAAGGAAUCCUCAGAAAGUCUCUGCAAUCGAGCUGAGGAACUGAUUAGGGCGCGUAGAGUUGAACUGAACAUUGCAUCUACUAUAGAGAAAAUGGAGUUAUGUCUGCCCUUGCUCACUACUUACUCCAAGCUCAAGACACAGGUUGAAGCCAAGAGAUAUUAUCCAGCAUUGAAAACAUUGGAACAGCUAGAGCAUGUCCUGCUGCCGAGGGUGGGUCCAUAUAAAUGGUGUUCACAAAUAUCAGCCGACAUACCGAAGCUAAGGCAGUCUAUACAAGAUGCAUCGAUGGCUGAUCUGAGGGAUUUUCUUGAAAAUAUACGGAAGUUGAGCCCGCAGGUGGGAGCUUUGGCUUUGAAACAAACUCAAGAAAUGCUUGGCAGGAGCUUGGAGCUCAUUAUCAAGAACAAGAAAGAGGCGGCAUCUCUUGGUAUACCUCGUGACACUAAUUCUCAGAGUCCCCAUGAGCUGGUCGACUUCAGCCCCCUUCACAGAUGUCUCCAUAUCCACAGCGUGCUCGGAGCCAAGAAUGAUUUUGUUCAAUAUUACAGAGCUCAACGUAAACAACAGGCUCGUCUAGUGCUAAUUCCCUCGGGCAACUUGCACGACUCCAUUCAAAACAUGAAAGGCUACCUGAACUCAGUGCUGGGUUUCUUCAUCCUGGAGGAACAUCUCCUGACCACGGGAGCCGGUCUCGUGUCGAGGGACUGGCUGCUCGACACGUGGAGUAUGGCGGUCACCAAGGUCGCCUCCACGCUGAGGACCAACACUUCCCUGAUAACCGACCCGACGCUGAUGCUGAGCAUUAAACACCAGAUCGUGCUGUUUAUUAACGCUCUGAAGUGUUAUGGUCUACCAACGGAACCCCUUCCCCUCCUUCUCCAAGAGAUGGCUGAACAUUACACGGAGGUGUUGAUGCAGCGUUGGGUGGUCGUCUUCAGAGAUAUACUGGACAAUGCCUCAUUCGCACCCAUCGAGGUUUCAAACCAAGAGGAGUAUGACGCUGUAAUGGACACCUUCCCAUACGACGGUGAUGAGUUGGAGACCCAGCCGUUCCCGAGGAGGUUUCCGUUCACGUCACUGGUGCCAGCGGUAUACGUCCAGGUCAAAGAGUUCAUCUACGCCUGGCUGAAGUACUCUGCUGGCCUCGGCCUCGGAGGCGGCCGUAGGGCUGCGGCCGCGCGUCACUCCGCCUCGUUACUCCUCAGCCGCUCCUUCACUGGGUGUCUCUCGGCUCUGUUCAGACGACCCCUGCCGUUGACGCAGCUCGUGCAGAUAAUCGUGGACACCCAAUAUUUGGAGGACGCUACAUCCUUCUUGUAUGAAUUCAUCAGCAACAUAACUGGGUCAGAGCUCGUCACCACUCAGACCGCCGGCAGCAUGUUCCAAGCCGCUAGAGACGACGCAGAGAAGCAGAUAUGUGAGAAAUUAGAAAAGAAGGUUGACGAGUUCCUUGACCUCGAGAACUACGACUGGCUGUUAGUCGAGCCCAGCGGCCAGGCGUCGUCUUUCGUCACGGACAUGCUGAGUUACCUGUCCGGCGUGCUCACGUCUUUGGAACAGCUGCCUCAGUUCGCUCGUGUGGCAGCAGUGCGUGCAGCAACCAACCGUAUCGCAACCCGCCUCCGCAACCUGCUGCUGGAGCCGGGCGUGCGUCAGAUAUCUUCGGGUGCUCUGUAUCAGCUGGACCUGGACGUCAUACAAUGCGAACAGUUCGCUGCCGCCGAGCCCGUUCCGGGUCUUAGAGAGGGCGAGCUUUUGGAACACUUCGCCAGUCUAAGACAACUCCUGGACCUGAUAACGGGCUGGGAUUGGUCUUCUUAUUUGCACGAUGUUGGCAUCGAGGGCGGGAAAUACGCUCUCGUGACCCCGCGGGACGCCGCCACGCUUUUGGAGAAGCUUAAAGAAGCGGAACAGAAAUCUUCCGUCUUUUCCGUUCUCAAGAAAAAUGAGAGGGACAGAAGAAAAUUACUCGACACCGUGCUGAAACAACUCAAACAACUUCAGAACCAAGAUGGUUGAUUUAAAAAAAUAUAUCUAUUUAUGUUACUGUAUCAUUAUUUAUUCUGUAAAUAAAUUAUUAUAAAUCAAAA